AUGUAUGAUGUAAACUUACAUCAACGAUGCAUUCUUGCAAUAGGAAAGACGGGGAACGGAAAAAGCUUUACGGGAACCAUUUUUGGUGCACAAGAUGCCGAAGUCGGAAAUGGUACCAAAUCCAAGACGGAAAAAGUUACGUUCCAUGAUAUCGGAAAUAGCUCCUUCUACGUUGAUACGCCUGGUUUUGAUGAUUCUGAUGAAGAUAAAGACGAUGCUGAAACUGUGCGUUUGAUUUUUCGUACGAUGGUGGAUAAAAAAAUUCGCAAUAUAACAACAAUAUUGUGGUUUGUUGUGGCUGAUGUGAGAGCAACAACCUCGUUUAAACGUGAGGCAAGAUUUAUAGAAUCUUUGGCGCAAUACCAUAACGGAAAUGUGUGGGACAAUACUAUCAUCGUUACUAAAGGCGAUCAUAUUGACCAAGGCCCUCGUGAGGCGGCUAAAGAGAUAACUAAAGAGAUUUAUCAAAAAAAAAAUGGCGAACCAGUAGAUAAAAAAGAAGACCUUCUUGCGAAAACUGGCGAUUUUAAGAUUUUAUUGUUUGAAAGUUUGGAGGAUAACAGUGUUUAUGUUAGGGUAAACUUCACAAGUGAUGAAUUAAACAGCUAUGGUGUUUUUAAAGGCUCUGAACCGAAACGAAUACUCGCAAAGUAUGAAUCCUUAAUGAAAGAACAUCUCGAACAUCCGAUACCUUUAAUCUUUAAAAGAGUCAAGUGUUUAAGGUGUCCCGAAGAAACAGAUCCAAGGCUAGCAGUUCCAAAGUGCCAUAUGGAAGUCGAAUGGAUUCAUGACAAUAAAAAAGGUGCUCAUCUUGGUAAAAAUAUACAAGAACACACUAAAGAUCUCGUUCGCUAUCACCCUGAUUUAACGGAGCAAUACCAUCCAAGUACCACAGAAUGGGUCCAUACGGGUAAGCCUUAUGGUGGUGAAACGAAACAAGUGCUGGACAACAGUCCGGGUGCUUGGAUUCUUCGUACCGUGACUAUGUGGAAGGUAAAUAUUACAUGGCCGGAGAUAAUCCCUAUGCAUUGGGAUUGCUGUGAUAAAGACAUAAGAGCACCCGGAUGCACUUUGGUUUAUCGCUGUUGUAAAAAGGAGUCAGGCGACGCUGGUUGCAAGCAGAGGUAUAGAUGCUGUCAAGCCGAGGCUUCUCCCGGAUGCGAUAAUCGAUAUGAUUGUUGCAAGCGACCUCCCCAAAGUGAAGGAUGUAAAGGUUUUUAUGAACAAUGCAAACAUGAAGUUGGAGAAAAGCCUUGUUUUUCUUUUUGUACGAAUUGCGGGGAAGAAUGGGGUUCGAAAGGAUGUAGAGGGAUUUGCACAUAUUGCAAAAAGGUUCGAGCUGAAAGUGAAGGGUGUGUCGAGACGACGCAUGACUGGCCUCCGCUCCAAAAUAAAUAG